AGGGAAUUGAACUCUCACACAUCCUCGGAGAGAGCAGGCAUCCUCAGGAAGCCAGUGAAGAAGACAGUCACUUGGGGGGGACAGACCAGAUACAGCCGUCAAGAUGUGUGACAUGGGGGGACUGGAUAACCUGGUGGCCAACACGGCCUACCUGAAGGCCCAGGGGGGAGAUGACAAGGAGAUGAAGAAGCGCCGCCGCAGCUUGUCUCUCCCCAAACCAGAGCAAUGUGUUGCCCUGCGAGAGUCCAUUGAAAAGGAUUUCACGCUCCUCUGCGAAAGGCAGCCCAUAGGGAAAAGGUUGUUCCGCGACUUUCUGGCGAACACCCCUGAGUUUAAGCUGGCAGCCGAGUUCUUGGAUGAGUUGUACGACUGGGAUCUGGCGGAAGGCGCAGCGAAAGACAAAGCACGCCAAAACAUCAUCAACAAAUAUUGCAAACCUGAUUCUAAGACAUUUCUCACUUUUCUUUCCGGGGAACCUGCUGAGAAAUGCAAGUCUGUCACGGAUGCCACUUUUGAAGAGGUGAUGAAGAACAAGGUCCAGGAUGGAGUGAGAGAAUUCCUGAAGGGCAAACCUUUCACAGAAUACCAGGGAAGCCAAUACUUUGAUAAAUUUCUUCAGUGGAAAGAGUAUGAGAAGCAGCCCAUCAGUGACAAAUAUUUCUAUGAGUUCAGGACUCUGGGAAAAGGAGGCUUUGGAGAGGUAUGUGCAGUGCAGGUCAAGAACACAGGCCAGAUGUACGCCUGCAAAAAGUUGUGUAAGAAACGACUGAAGAAGAAGGGAGGUGAGAAGAUGGCCCUCUUGGAGAAGCAGAUCUUGGAGAAGGUUAACAGCCUCUUUCUGGUCAACUUGGCCUACGCUUAUGACACCAAGACCCACCUGUGCCUUGUCAUGACCCUGAUGAAUGGAGGAGACCUCAAGUACCACAUCUACAACAUCGGCUACGACGGCAAGGGGGUGGAUAAAGGCAUCGAGAUGAAGCGCAUCAUCCACUACACGGCACAGAUCACCACCGGUAUCCUGCACCUCCACGAUAUGGAUAUUAUAUAUCGAGACAUGAAGCCGGAGAACGUGCUGUUGGACAGCCAAGGCCAGUGUCGACUCUCAGAUUUGGGUCUGGCCAUAGAGAUUGCUCCAGGAAAGACGGUCACUCAGAUGGCUGGCACCGGAGCAUACAUGGCUCCUGAGAUCCUGAGCAAAACACCGUACAGGACGUCUGUGGACUGGUGGGCUCUGGGCUGCAGUAUCUACGAGAUGGUGGCUGGAUACACUCCUUUCAAAGGCCCUGAGAGCAAGAAGGAGAAAGUGGAGAAGGAGGAGGUGCAGCGCCGCAUUCUCAACGAGGAGCCAAAGUGGGAGCACAAGUGCUUCGAUGCUCCCACCAAGGACGUCAUCCAGCAGUUCCUCAAGAAGAAGAUAGAUGAACGUCUGGGCAUGAGGAACAACAUGGAGGAUCCGAGGAAACACGAGUGGUUUAAGUCCAUCAAUUUUCCGCGCCUGGAGGCAGGGCUUGUGGACCCGCCCUGGGUGCCCAAACCCAACGUGGUGUACGCCAAGGACACGGGCGACAUCGCAGAGUUCUCUGAGAUCAAGGGCAUCGAGUUUGACGCCAAGGACGACAAGUUCUUCAAGGAGUUCAGCACUGGCGCCGUGCCCAUCCAGUGGCAGCAGGAGAUGAUCGAAACCGGACUGUUUGACGAGCUCAACGAUCCCAACAGGAAAGAGGGAGCAGGAGGCGGCGACGACGAGAAGAAGUCCGGCACAUGUGCUCUGCUGUGAGCGUGCACGUGUUGGACAUCUACUCAUGGUCUUCUAAGCCUCACGCACAGUAACACUGGUGUAAAAAGGACCACACCUCACGGGAGGCGAGCAUGAGCAGCUCCGCUGAGGAAGACUCUUCCAUCGUUCGGAGGCUUCUUGUUUAGAGAGCAGCUCCUUGUGAGAUGAAUUUCAAUAAAACAAAGAAAAGGAAGUCAUGGUCCACAGCCUCUUCUGAAGACGUAUAUCAGUUUGUAGACAGGAAUUACCAAAAGUGACUGCUAGAAAUUGUUUUCAAUUUUUUCAUUGUUGAUGUUUUUUGAAGAAACUGUCCAAACUGCCACCUGAAUUCCUUGUUGAAGACUUAUUUAGGCUUUUAGUCCUCUGUCUUUUAUCCGGUGAUGUUUUCAUCCAGAUGUUCAAUUUCUUCUUCUCACGUUUGGCAGAAGAGUUCAGACCAAAUGCUGAGGUCCAAAAUGUCUAAAGGAUAGCGGAUCCCAGCAUUUACGUCAAGGUGGUUGUCUGUCCGCCUGGGUUUAAAGUUUGCUUAAAACUUAACACAACAACUGUAAGUACUGUACAUACAGAAAUGUAUCCACAUAUAUAUGUAUAUAUAUAUAUUUAAACAGAAAGAAAUGGAUAAAUGGAUGUAAUUAAAGUUAAAUUUAGAAUUAUUGAAUGAGAAAACCCAGCAGCUCCUCUGCUGCUGCUGCUCUGAAGCUCAAUCCUGAGAGUCGUGCAGAGUUCAGCCCCGGGAUGUUUGGCAGAGAGGAAACAGCCGUUCAGCCCUGCUCAGGACAGAGGAACGUCUGGAGGAGUUGGGCUACAAAAUCCUGUACCAGGAGUUCUCUGUCCGGCCCUGAACCACCGGAGAAUCUUGAGGGCUUUUUUGUUUUUUUUAGAGAGACGAGUGUGAAAACCUCAAACUAGCCAGAAACAGGAAACAGUUCUUCAGGUUGACUGAGUCUGAGUCUGUAGAGACUCGGUGUAGAUGACAGAAAAUGCUUGUUGCUUUCGUUUACUUGUCUCUUCAGUUUUUAAAUGGACAAGAAGAGUUCAGUUUUUACGUGUUCUAUGGUUAUCUUAUCAAAAGCCUGUAAAUAUAAAGAAAGAAAGCAUAGAAGUGUCAGAUGUAAAUGGUCCGGAAGCUUGAAGAUGUGAUGAAAUUAAAAGAUGUCUUUUAAAUGUU